AAACAACAAGUUCAUCCUCAUCAGACAAGCCAACAUCCAAGCAAUAAACAAAAAGAGCUCAACUCCAAGAACAUCACAGAAAGAGUUGCUUUGAAGAGCAAACUGAAAACCCAAACAACGAUGGCUGCUCAACCGAACUUUGCGUUUGAGCACUGCGAAAUCAUCAGUCAGCUCGGCGAGGGAGCGUUUGGUGCAGUGUACCGUGGCCGUAACCGACUCACCGGCGAGACGGUGGCCUUGAAGGAGGUGCUCCUGGAGAACGAUGACGCCAACAUUGCCGACCUCGAGCGUGAGAUUAUGGUGCUGCAGAGCUGCCGGCAUCCCAACAUUGUUGCCUACCUCGGCAGCUACCUCUCGGACGAUUCGCUCUGGAUUGCCAUGGAGUUUUGCGGCGGCGGUGCAUGUGCAGACAUUAUCGAGACGCUGGAGGAGCCGUUCAACGAGGACCAAAUAGCCUACGUGUGCCAAGAGACACUCAAAGGGUUGCAGUAUCUCCACUCGAGCAAGAAAAUCCACCGCGACAUCAAAGGCGGCAAUGUUCUCCUCAACGACCGCGCAGAAGUCAAGCUGGCCGAUUUCGGCAUUUCUGCUCAAUUGACACAGACCAUGUCCAAGAAGAAUUCUUUCGUCGGCACUCCUUACUGGAUGGCUCCCGAAAUCGUCGAGGGCGUGCCGUAUGACGCUCGAUGCGACGUGUGGUCCCUCGGCAUCACCGCUAUCGAACUCGCAGAGAUGGCGCCGCCGCUCAACAGCAUCCACCCCAUGCGAGCGCUUUUUGUCAUUCCGAUGCAGCCGCCGCCAAAGCUGCAAGAGCCUGGCUCCUAUUCUGACGAUUUCCACGACUUUCUGGCCAAGUGCUUGGUGAAGGACCCCCGCAAUCGACCGACCACCGAUCAGAUGUUGACGCAUCCCUUCAUUGUUGGCAAGGGCAAGGCACCGCGGACUGGCACUGUCCUGAUUGAGCUUCUCGACCGCGCAAAACUCGUGUCGAGCGAGCAACUCGAAAAGCGAAAGUCAGAGAAGGCCAGCGACUCGCGCAACAGCAGCAACAGCAGCCAGCCAGGCCAGCAGGCUGUCGACCUGUCCGAAUCCGAAGACGAGGAGGCAGAGCCCAUUAGUUUUGGCACAAUCAAGUCUGGCGAAUUUUCCAAGUACCGGCAGCAGAUGGCCACCUUGCGGAACGCGACGCUCAAGAAGACAAAGAAUGCCGAUUGGCACGAGCGACGCGCAAGCGAACCUGCCGUGGCGUACAGCAAGAGCGAGGAUAGCCCGAAUGGCUCUGACGACGCGCAGUUCUCCUGGGGCACCGCCAACCGCAAGAUGGAUACCAGCACUUCGUUGCUAGAAGAGCGAACAAAGUUCCUUCCGCUAUGGGCACGCGAAAAAGCUCGUGAGGAGGCAGCGUUGCGGGCUCAAGAAGCAGAUAAAGCAUCAACGUGGGACAAGCGAGAAUCCAAGCUGUCCAACUCGAGCAGCAGCAGCAACAGCAGCAGAAGCAGCCGUAACAGCACAAGCAGCAGCAGCACUGCUGACUUUGGCGAGUCAGAUGACGAGCGUCCGCCACCGCCAGCCAAGAAUGGCGAUGGCGAUUCAGACUCUUUCGACUCGGAUGCCUUCAACUCGUCUGACGAUGAAGCUGAAUCCAACGGCACUGCUCCAAACUCGAAAGACACUGCUCGAGCGGAUCGUAGCAGUCAUCCUUUUUCCACCAUGUCGGCGGAACUGGGCGUCACUGUGCUUCUGCACCUCGUGCUGACGGUGGUGCAAGCCCGCCGCAGAUUCAAAGUUGAAAACAUCAAGUUUCAGACGCUGUUCGAUUGCAUUGAUACUGUUCAAGAUGUUUUGGAGCAGCUCGAACAAGUGCAAGCGGACAUAGACUUUGAGGAAAAGCUGCCCAAGCGCACCCUCGACAACCUGCAGCUGUGCUUGCAUGAUAUCGCAUCGUUCUUGAAUAAACGCGUGACCAAGGGGCAGCGCGACCCUUCCAAGUUGAUUUUGCCGCAAAAGUUUGCGUUUGGUGAUCACAAUCAAAUGAUGGCAGAGGCUUGGAUUGAGCGCUUGACGUCAGCCCUGAACAACUUGACGACCGUGUUUGACAUUCAGGAAAAGCUUGCCAAACUGACCGUGUCGAACAGCAGCAAGACUCUUCCCCUCCUCGCAAAAGUCUCAGGCAAAGAGAAUUGCGAGGCGGUUGCCGGAGAAGCUCCAAACAGCCCCGUCAUUUCUGCUUCGUGCUGGAGUCCUGCCGUGCUUGGCGCGACAGCAACGUUGACCAAUUCUCAAGCACCUUCAAGCAUGACAAAUAAUGUUGGAUCUGUGGCUAAUUCCAACAAUUGUUGUAGCAGUUCUGAGCUGCUCUAUGCAGCCCAGGCUUCUUCUCACAACCAAAAUUGUUCACCACCGCACAACUUUGCAUCCGAGUAUGCAUCGUUGCAGCAAUCACCCGUGCUGGCCUCGUGCUUGAGUAUGACGGGCUUUGAUCAACGUUUAGCUGCCGCAGCGACCCAACAACAACAGUACAUGCAGAGCGCCGCGUUUACUCGAGGCGAUUUGCAGCCCUUCCUUUGCAUUGAUGUCGAGUCUGUCAUUUUGGAUCGCUUUGACAUUUGCAUUCAAAUCAAGACUGACUGGCGCAAGUCGAGCGAUGGCGAGCUAAAGGCUGACAAGGCCUGGUCCAGCAUGAAGGACAAGUCUAUUUACACGGCAGAGACCAAGCGGGUUGCGCACGAAACUUUGCAGCGAUGGCAAGCACGGACGCAUCGUCUUGCUGGACGCCUCGAUGAUAAUGUCUUGCUGCUAACCGAGCUGUUGCGGCGGUUUAUGCUUUUGGACACUGUUCACGCAGUCGAUCCCUCGCUCCAACCCCCACAAGUCGGCGCCAUCCUUCCAUGGAAGCCUCUGGCUCUCAAGCAGCUGCGGACGGCGGUUGUUGCGAAAAUCGCACAAGCCAAAGCCCAGCUUCACUCGUUACAAUCCGCACAAGCGCAGCAAGUCCGCGAACUAUGCGAGGCGUCUAAUGCGAACGCCCUGGAGCAACUUCAGCUCUUGGCGCCUCCGGAGCAGGAUUCUGACGCGGAGGACGACAAUCCCAACGAUAACAUUUGACUUUUGUGAUGUACGAGUAGAGUAGAUCGACACAGGUUGCUUUUGUUGUUGUUGUUGUGCCAGGCUAAAACACUUAAUUUCCCAC